GCGGCGAGGAGAGGCGCCCGGGGAACGUUCUCUGCCCAUCCUUAGUUCAGGAGAGGGAGGCUGGGACAGAGCGGAGGCCCCUCGCUGCUCCCUCGCCCUCCCGGCCCGGAAGACCCAGCGCCCGGCCAGGGCUCCUUGCAGAGCGGAGGCGGCUGCGCCCGGGAAGCCGCUCCUGGAGGGAGAAAAUGCCAGCCGCUUCCGUAUGACCUGCAUCUCUCCCAAGACAAACAACAAAAAUUCAUCCCGCGCGCCCUGUGGAACGGCCCGUUUCGCCGUGAUGUAACUGCAGGCCCCAAAGCCCAGGCCUUCCCAAUUCCGUCGCAGCCGAGGGCAGAAAGAGGAGAAAACGUCUGUAGCGGGACAAAAUGGCGGCCCAACGGAGAGACGCGUUGCCUCUGGAUCUCCAGUUCCGGGCUGGGCUGGAACGAGGGGCGAAUUUAGCCCUGAAAAUGGAAGACACGGAGCCGGUGGGCUUGAAGCAAGAGGUGGAAUUGGAGGGGCAGGGUGCCAGCCCCAGUGCCGGCCAGACGGGGUCCGACAGGCAAGGCCCGAGAUGGAGAGGACCGCAGCACAUCAAACAAGAACCAGAGGACGGGAUGUCCUCGCAGCAGUGGGAGGCACAAUGGCAGGAGUUUCUGGGCGGGGUGCAGUCUCCUCGCUCAGGAUGGGGCCCCCGACAGCUUCCGGGCAGCACCUCGUGGGGGGACAUGAAGGCACCCGCGGCGCAUUUUGACGGGGGAGCCACGACCAGCCACCGGCCCGCGGAAGGGCACUUCAUCCCCCCACCGGCCGGCUUUGACGGGACGGGGCCGCCGGCCGGCCGAGAUCAGAGGAAAGUGAAGGAGGAGAUGGAGAGCAGCGAGGACCCCGCCGGUGCCGAGACGAACCGCCAGCACUUCCGGCAGUUCCACUACCAGGAAGCCGAGGGUCCCCGUGAGGUCUGCAGCCGCCUCUGGGACCUGUGCCAGCAAUGGCUGAAGCCCGAGAGGCGCACCAAGGAGCAGAUCCUGGAGCUUCUGGUGCUGGAGCAGUUUCUGACUGUCCUGCCCUCGGAGGUGGAGAGCUGGGUCAAGGAAUGCCGCCCUCACAAUUGCGCCCAGGCGGUGGCCCUGGCAGAGGAUUUCCUGCAGAGGCACCAGGAGGAGGGCAGGCAGGAUCAGAAGGGCCCAGGGAUGUUCCAUGUGGUGACCGUAAAUUUCCCCGACGCUGAGCACGUGGCAAGCAGGAGCGCAGAAAGGCAGCUUGGGAGGCCUGUCAAGGAGGAAGUCGAAGAAGACGGCCACUCCGUGGCAGAUGAUGGGCAAAUCAACGAGAAUGAGGCCAACAGGUGGAAAACUCUUCAGGGAGCGGAAUCUCACGGGCUCUCAGCAGAUGGGACAGAAUCUGCUGGCCGUUUCCGUGAGAUGGAAGAGAGCUACAAGGGUCAGAGCGGGCCGGAGGGGCAUCACGAGAACGGCCCAGAAGGGGCCACCGCAGAAGGGACCCCACCAGGAGAGAAGCAGUCGCUGUGCUCCAACUGCGGGGGGAGUUUCAACCCCAGCUCGGGGUUCCUCGGGCCGGAGGGCUUCCCUCCGGGGGCCAACCCCUACAAGUGCUCCGUGUGCGAGAAGAGCUUCUGCCAGGUGGCCAAGCUGAUCGCCCACGAGCGCCUGCACACGGGCGACUGGCCCUACAAGUGCUCCUUCUGCGGGAAGAGCUUCAACCGCAGCUCGGACGUCUCCCGGCACGAGAGGAUCCAUACGGGCGAGAAGCCCUUCAAGUGCGCCACGUGCGAGAAGUGCUUCAGCCAGAGGUCCAAGCUGAUCGUGCACGAGCGCUUCCACACGGGCGACAAGCCCCACACGUGCUCCUACUGUGGCCGCAGCUUCCACCAGAGGUCGGACCUGGUGAAGCACGAGAGGAUCCACACGGGCGAGAAGCCCUACAAGUGCUCCGACUGCGGCGGCAGCUUCCACCGCAGCUCAGACCUGGUCAAGCACAAGUGGAUCCACACGGGCGAGAGGCCCUACAAGUGCUCCACGUGCGAGAAGAGCUUCCGCCAGCGCUCCGCCCUCCUCUACCACGAGAGGACGCACACGGGCGAGAAGCCCUACACCUGCACCGCCUGCGGCAAGGGCUUCAGCUGCAAGGCGCACCUCGUGCUCCACAAACGGACCCACACCGGCGAGAAGCCCUACAAGUGCAACUUCUGCGGGAAGAGCUUCACCACCAGCUCGUACUUCGUGAAGCAUCAGAGGAUGCACCUAGGGCAGGAGGCCUUGCCCGUGCUCUGAGCUGCUCUCGGAAGACUUCCCCAGAGCAGAAGCAGGAGGACCACCGCGGGACGUGUCUCUCAACGGGGCUGGACCAAGGAUCAGGCCGCAGGUGGGAAGCUUCGUCUUUGAAUGCUCUCACCAUACAGUUAUUUUUUAAGAACAUCAGCCCGUGUGUAGAAAGCUAGCAUCUCAGGGCCUUUCCCCUGACAUGCUAGGUUUCUUACGUGCAGGAAUUGAGAGAGAGAGAUAGAGGAGCAGUCAAACGUUCCAUUCUCUACCUGCAAUCAGAAAUGGUGCAGGAAAGCUGCUGGUUGUGAAGACUGGAUUUUAUGUUUUGCAAGAGGCAAGAGAAUAUUUGAGGCUAGGCUGGGGUGGGGGGGCAAGGUGGGGGGAAUCGCCGAAGCCUUGCCGCUCAUGGGAAAAUUAGCCGCAUUUGCUUUCUUGAGGAGCAAAGAAUAUAUAAAAAGCACUUGCCUCAUUGAGCGGAUUCGUUUCAUAAAGACAGUGGAGAGAGGGAGAAAGGCUACUCAGUUUCCCCAGGAUAUGAGGUUCAAUUUCAAAGUAUGAUCCGUUAGCAAGUGGUGUAGGAGAGACCCCCUACCCCCACCCCGUUUGAGAGCUGCUGCCGGUUAAGUCAACACCACCAAGCAAGACGGAGCAAGUGUGAAGCAGAACCCUAAUAAAUUAUUUGCCGAGCACCUAAAAGCCUAGGCAGUGUACAGAACGCAGAAGAGACCCUGCCCCAAGCAGGCAUGCCUUCUUAUGUAGGCAAAACAAACACUAUACCAAAACGAACAUCCAGAUUGGAAGGACAGAAAGAAAAGGAGGAUCUUGGAAUUAAAAGCUUACUUUAAAGGCAAUUCCGAUAGGUUCAGGACUGGCAAAAAAAAGGAGACACUCACCUUCACGCAGGAAAUCGUGAACUUGUAAUGGAACCAGCUGUCGAAAAGAGGCAGUGACGCUUAGAUGGAUUUUAAAGAAGAAUGAAAAAGAUCAGAUGGAUUCACGGAGGUCAAGUCUGCUGAUGAAGGCGACAUCCGGAACCUCCAUUUUCAGUUGCCGUAUACCAGAUGCUGGAGAGAAACCCGGGGGGGGGGGGGAGUUGGUGUUUCCCGCCCGGCUUGGUGAACUUCCCAAA